CUUACGUCAAAGCGCGACUUGCCGUCAACUGUCAGUCCGUGCGCACACACAUUUCUCGCAGUUGGGUUUGCAGCCUUUUUUUCGCACAGCACCUCUAUAGCCGCAAGCCAUGUCCUACCAUCGCGCAACAGUAGCAGCGCCCGCCGCCCACCCCCUCGACUUUGACGCUUCCGCGGGCGGAGGCGCAGAGCCCGGGCCCAACAAUGCCGUAGCUCACAUUGAAGAGAAACGAACAAGUCUUUUGGAUGUGGUGCGAGACGGCCUGGCGAGGACGGGAAAGACUACCAUGCUGUAUCGAGUGACUUUCUGUGGGAGUGUCGCGGAGGGGGCUGAAAAGUCUGAGAUCGGAGCGCACUAUCAAAAGUUCUUCAAGCAGAUCCAGAAUGAAACGGAUCUGAUCACAGGCCUUUUAGUGGUGCUGGACACUACAUGGGUGCAAGUACUGGAGGCCACAUCAAAAGUAAUCUACACAGUCCUCCGAGACCUGCACCGCUCCUCAUCCUCCCCAAUCUCCUCAAUCACCACAAACGUCAAGGUACUGAUGAUCCAGGACGAUAUCCCCAAUCGAGCGUACCCGUUCUGGGCGUCCAGGAACAACGAGGCAAAGAGUACCGGCCCGAUGGAUCCAGAUGCGGAGGAUCCGGUUGAUGCGGCUGUCAUUGCGGGUGUUUGUGUGGGAUUGUGUGGUAUUGGUGGGAAGCUUGGCACGUUGACCAAGGCCGACCUCAAAACGGCAUUGGACGAUGUCGGCACGCACUUCCAGGACCUCCUGCCACGCGCUUCAGUACUGGAGCGGAUCGCGACAUCGAACAAAGUUAUGGGUAUCGAUGAAUGGCUUGAGUUGUUUGCGAACCAUUUGAAUCCGGUGCUCGAGUCGGAGCUGGUGUGGCCCGCGCAACAGACAUUAGUGUUUUAAGAUGUGCG